CGACAUGAAAAGAAUUUCGCCCACAUCUCCCAAAAUGCCAGUAGAUAUCAAGCGUGUCCUGGUGUGCGAUGCCGUUGACAAUGCGUGUGUCAAACUACUCCAAGACCAUGGAAUUCAAGUUGACUAUAAACUGAAGCUAUCGCAAGAUGAACUAGUUAAGGAGGUUAAGAAUUAUGAUGCUCUCAUCGUACGCUCGGACACGAAAAUUACCGCCGAGAUACUGGACGCAGGCGCCGGACGGGUGAAGGCGGUCGGACGUGCCGGGGCGGGCGUAGACAACAUCAACAUUGAAGCUGCCACGCGAAACAAUGUGCUGGUGCUGAACACUCCCGGUGGCAAUUCGAUUUCGGCCUGCGAACUGACGUGCUUCCUGAUCGGUGCACUCGCCCGUCCCAUCUGCCCGGCGGCCGCCAGCAUGAAGGAGGGCCGCUGGGACCGGAAGCUGUACUCCGGCACCGAGCUGUACGGUAAGACGCUUGCCAUCCUCGGGCUCGGCCGGAUCGGGCGUGAGGUUGGUGUGCGCAUGAACGCGUUCGGUAUGCGCGUGAUCGGCUUUGACCCCAUCACAACCGCCGAAGAAGCGAAGGCGGCCGGUAUCGAAAAGAUGGAGCUGGAGCAGAUUUGGCCUCUGGCCGACUACAUUACCGUACACACACCGCUCAUUCCCGCCACCAGAAAUCUCAUAUCGACCGACACGCUUGCCAAGUGCCGGAAGGGCGUCCGCGUGAUCAACGUUGCUCGUGGUGGUAUUAUCGAUGAGGCCGCACUCUUUACGGCUCUCGAAAGUGGUCAGUGUGGUGGUGCUGCGGUUGACGUUUAUCCGGAGGAACCGCCGAAAUCGGACACCACCCGGAAGCUCAUCAAUCACCCGAAGGUGGUCGCAACGCCUCACCUGGGUGCGAGCACGUCCGAGGCGCAGGUGCGCGUCGCUGUCGAGGUGGCCGAACAAUUCAUCGCCCUGACGGCCAAAUCGACCGUCUACACGCAGUAUGCCGGCGUCGUGAAUCGAGAGGUGUUGAAGAAUGUCUUUUAAAUCGAAUUCGCACCAAAACAUUGCAAGAGGGAAUAAA